CCCAGCCUGCCCCUGCGGUUCUGGGUGAACGUGAUCAAGAACCCGCAGUUCGUGUUCGACGUGCACAAGAGCAGCAUCACGGACGCGUGUCUCUCCGUGGUGGCCCAGACGUUCAUGGACUCGUGUUCCACGUCGCCCCAGCGCCUGGGCAAGGACUCGCCCUCCACCAAACUGCUCUAUGCCAAGGACCUGCCCGGCUACCGCGGCUGGGUGGAGCGGUACUACCGGGACAUCGCCAGGAUGGCGCCCAUCAGCGACCAGGACAUGGACGCCUACCUCGGGGAGCAGUCGCGGCUCCACGCCGGGGAGUUCAACACACUGGGGGCGCUGGGCGAGCUCUACCAGUACGUGGGGCGCUACCGCCAGGAGGUGCUGACGGCGCUGGAGCGGGACGGGAGCUGCCGGAAGCAGCGGCUGCGCCAGCGACUGGAGCAGGUCAUCGCCUUGGUCUCCACCAACAGCUGAGGGGGGCUGGCCCCAUGGCCAGCCAGUGCGACCUUCGACCUCCUGGGUGACAUCACCUUCGACCUCCUCCAAGACAAUGUGACCUUCGACCCCUGGCUCAGGGGCAGGCUGACUUUUUGGGGGAUCCCCCCAAUGCCACCAGGACCGGGCCUCGUAGCAAUAACCCAGAGGGGCCACUGGUGGCGAUGGGGGGGUGCGACGGGGGGACAGGGCUGGGGGGCGGAUCUGUCUGGGCUGGAGCAAUGACCCCCCUUUCCACCCCAAUA